ACCUCAGGUACCUUAAAGAAUCGACCAAUGUCGUUCCACCCACCUUUGUCGCCCUCCCUCUACGUAGCCAACGAUUCCCCUACAGGGCCAGCGCAUGUGAGCUUUUCUGCAACUUGAGCAAAAGAAGCAAUCGAGAAUCUCAUACAUAAGGUAGACGAUACAAGCAUUUAAUACCUGCUAAGGCCCAGAUAAAGAUAUCCAGGCCCAGCAACUUCUUCUCAGCAACACAGCGGCAGCUUUUCAAGACAGCCUCUCAGCUGGAACUGCGUUGAAUCAUUUGUCAUUAUCGAAUCUCAACCGCAUUAUCUCUACCAUGAGUCAACUUGGUGGUCCAGGUUCUCGACAAGCCAAUGCCAAGCCUAUACCUCCUCAACGUGGCAGUUUCCCACUUGAUCAUGAUGGCGAAUGCAAGCAUGUUAUAGCUACGUAUCUCGAGUGCAUCAAGAAAGUACGAGGAGUAAACGACGCUGAAUGCCGCGACCUUGCUAAAUCCUACCUUGCAUGUCGGAUGGAUCGAAAUCUCAUGGCCAAGGACGAGUUUAGAAAUCUAGGCUUCGACAAUGGACCGAAACCAGCAAACGACCCAAGCGGUCUGGGUUUAAGCCAAGCUCAAGCCCAGGGAAGUACUGGCAAGGACAAGGACGCAAAGCCCGGCGAAUUAAGAUGGUAAUAUGACGGGUCGUUGGAGACUCUUCAGCUGAUAGCUCCUCUACAUGUACAUUAUUCACGGAUUCCAUACCGAGAGGGCAUU